AUGCCUCUAUCACAAGAAUAUCAAUUCGAACUUUCAUUGUUCGAAAAAGAAAUCGAGUUGCAAAAACCUUCCGAUUUCCUUCAAUUUGCUUCAAAUUAUUUCAAUAAAAGAUUGGAAUUACAACGACAAUUCAUUAAGAAUCAAGAACAACUAGCCAAAUCAAAAGGAAUCAUUUUAUUUCCAACCAAUAAUAAUAGAAAUGACUCUGUCUCUGCUGGGAAUGCAAUCUCUAAUCCAAAUAGUCACAGUAACUCAAACGUAGAUAUUCCUUCUCAACUCUCUAGAAAUGCUACUCCCGUUGAUAGUCAUGCCCAAAAUGUGAAGUUCAAAUCACCAUUCGCAGAUAAUGAUCCUCAUACUGUACCACAUCAUGAUGAUACAGGUUCUUCAAACUUUGGAAAGGAUCAUAGUAAUGAAAACUCUUCAUCUGAUUUGUUUAAAGGUUCUUUCAAUUUGGGUGGUAGUUUAAAUCAACAAGAUGUAGAAGACCCACAUGCUAUGAAUAGAAAACGUAAUAACCAUUCACCUUUAGGUCCAUUUGAUGGCCACCAGAACACUGAAUCCAAGGCUAAUAAGAAGACUGCUGCUACAUCUAUUGCUGCUGCUACUGCAGAUUCUAAUGGGGCUACUCCUUUACCAUUCCAUUUUAAUGCAGAAAGACGUACUUCUGUAAGUGGUGAAACUAUUAAUCCCGAUAAUUUUGAUGAUUGGACCCCUGAGAAUUUUUCUGAAAAGAGUGACUCCCAAUUGAAAAGAUUAGAACAAUCAAUCGGAAAGAAUUUCUUAUUUAAUAAAUUGGAUUCUGAUAAUAGAAGGUUGGUCGUGAAUUGUCUUGAAGAGAAAGCAGUUCAGAAAGGAGAUGUUAUCAUUCAACAAGGUGAUGAAGGUGAUUACUUCUAUAUUGUAGAGCAAGGUGUAGUUGAAUUCUAUGUCAAUAAACAAAGAGUUAGUACAUCAGGCGCAGGUUCAAGUUUUGGUGAAUUGGCAUUAAUGUAUAAUUCUCCAAGAGCAGCCACAGUCAUAGCACAAACUGAUUGUAUACUAUGGGUGUUGGAUAGAUUAACUUUUAGAAAGAUACUGCUUGGUAGUUCGUUCAAAAAGAGAUUAAUGUACGAUGACUUAUUAAGAAGUAUACCUGUGCUAAAGAGUUUAACUACAUAUGAUCGUGCUAAAUUAGCAGAUGCAUUAGAUACUCAAAUAUAUGAACCUAAUCAAGUUAUCAUUAAAGAAGGUGAUUCCGGUGAAAAUUUCUACUUGGUUGAAUAUGGUAAAUGUAGUGUUACAAAGAAAGAUAAAGGUGAAGUCGCCUCCUUAACAAAGGGUUCUUAUUUCGGUGAGGUCGCUUUAAUUAACGAUCUUCCACGUCAAGCUACCGUCACCGCUACGGAAAGAACAAAAGUCGCAUUCUUAGGUAAAAGUGGGUUCCAAAGAUUAUUGGGACCAGUGGUUGAUGUCCUAAAGUUGAAUGACCCUACCCGUGAAGAACGUGAAGCUCAGAGACAUUGA